AUGGCGACCUCGAGCGCGGCAGCGGCGACCUCAAGCGCGGUGGCAGGGAGGUCCGGCGGGGGCGGGGAGGUCUGGCGGGGCGGGGAAGUGGCGGCGGCGGUGCGCGGGCCCGCGUUGGGGGCGGCGGGGGCGGGGAGAUUCGGCGCGUCGCCCUCGGCCUUAGCGGGAGGAGGUUCGGCGGCCGGGGCGCGCGUCACCCUCGGCGGCGGCGGGGGCGAGGAGGUCGGGCAGCCGGGGGCGCAGGGCGGUGGUGUCGGGAGCGGAGCAGGUAGGAAGAAGAAGAAAGGAGAUGGAGAGAGGAGACCGACAUGUGGGGCCCACUAA